UUAUGUUGGUUGCCUCCUCUAACCUUGCUUCCCGUUCUAACAUUUCAUCGCAUACAAGCAGCAGUCGACUACAAAUCUGUGAACAUCACCGCUCCCAGCACUUUGCGAGCUACCACGAAAUCAACGAAGAGAAAUCGCAACGCCGCCUUCUUCAUCAAGGCAGAAGGAGGGUAAUUGGGAAUUUACUAUGUGUUUACACACAUAGUAAACACUUAAUUCAGAUACACGUCUUAGACAAGAUUUAAUGAAAAUAAAAGUAGACAGCCCCUUAUUCUACAAUCCAAAACAAAAUAACCUUCUCCCUGCUCGUUCCCUGCUCUCUCGCGGUUUGCUUCCUCUUCUGCGACUGCCCAUCCUCCACCUUCUACCCUGCUUUCCAUUAUCCGCUAGUCCGCAACCCGCCAUUGAUAGCACUGGGUUUACUUAUCUAAAAGUAGAUCAAAAUGCCUCAUAAAAUCACAAGGCGUAAUCGAUCGUUAAGAUAUAGACCUUUUGGUUUGUCUCCAUAUGCUCGAUCUGUGGUCCGUCUUGCCUCAUUUAGCAAGGUCAAGCAUGAGAUUUCUAAAGGACUACGAGAAAAAGAAGCGCCCAGCUCAUCAGGUAAUGGAGUUCUAAAUAAAAAACUAGGAGACCAGAACAACCUGCAUUCUGAUUCUUCUGAUGAUGAAGACAACCUGCAUUCUGAUGAUGAAGAGUUUGAAGGUACUACUGUCCAAGCAGACUUUGAGUUCUUUGAUCCAAAGCCCAGUGACUUCCAUGGAGUGAAGCUUCUCCUGCAGAGCUACCUUGAUAAUAAAGAGUGGGAUUUGAGUGGUUUUGUUGACCUAAUCUUGGGACAGCCCACUGUAGGCACUGUUGUUAAAAUAGCAAAUGAUGAAGAUGAAGGAAUUUACUCUGUUAUCAGCGCCCUGAACUUGGGAAGAUAUAAGGAAAAAAAUUGUAUAGUGGAGUUGAAGAAGUUCCUCCUUAAGGCAUGCCAAGAUCAGAAUGUACAUGCUAAGUUGAGCUUAUUUCUUGAAGAGCAAUCUGAGGAUGUUGGACUCUUAGUUUCUCAACGUGUGGCAAAUCUCCCUCCCCAGCUUUUGCCUCCCCUUUACGAUGCACUCUUUGAUGAAAUCUCAUGGGCUACGGAAGAUGAGCCAACAGAAGAGCUAAAAAAAUCUUUUUGCUUUAGGUUUUACCUGGUGAUCACUAAAAUUUACAAGCAUAAGAAUGCAGACAAAAAAAUUGUGUCGAGUAAAACCGGUGAUGGAGCCAUAAUAUAUGUGAAGCCUGAAGAAGAAAUCUUUCAUGAGCUGAGCUCUUGGUCAUUCACUUUCCCAGUACACUCUCAGCUAGUCAGAGUUGAUGAGCUAAAAGAUUACCGGAUUUGUGGUUUGGUGAUGGCUUUGGAAGCUAGCAAAAUGUCCAAAUUCCGGUCACAGUUGCACACUUUAAUAGAAGACGAUUCAUAAUUUUCAUCCUCAAGUCUAUAACGUAUAUCUAUAUUUUCAUAUUUUGCUUUAAGAUACUCUCUGUAUUAUUGCAACAUAUGCUUUUCAUCACUAGCCUCCAAUUUUUAUCUUUCUGUAUUGGGUUCAUAAGCAUAUCGUAUUUGCUAUUUGUAACUUGUAACACAAAUAUUCAUUCAAUGGAAAUAUUGGU